AUUAAAAUGUAAAUUUGCUAUCUGGAAGAAGAGGGUAAAAGUCCUCAAUGCAACAUUUUGUCCCAUACUUGGGAAGAAAGGGACAGUCCUCUCUCUGCCGGGUCGGAGUGGCUGGCCUGGGAACUACAGAGUCCUGUAUGGCUGGCUUUGCCUCCUGAAGUGCCACUUCACUACAUAUGUCCAGGAAACAAGGAGUUGGGAACUAUCAGACCAGUCUCUGGAAAUUCAGUUUUCCUCUAUAAAAUGGAAAGGAACAACUCCAAAGUCAGGUCUGAAUUUCCUGCUGCUAUUCACAAAGAUGCUUUUUAUCUUUAACUUCUUAUUUUCCCCACUUCCAACCCCGGCACUGAUCUUCAUCCUGACAUUUGGAGCUGCUAUCUUCCUGUGGCUAAUUAACAGACCUCAGCCAGUCUUACCUAUUACUGACCUGAACAACCAGUCUAUUGGAAUUGAGGGAGGAGCACGGAAGGGUGCAUGCCAGAAGAACAAUGACCUAAUACGUUACUACUUCUCAGAUGCCAAGACAGUGUAUGAAAUUUUCCAAAGAGGAUUUGCUGUGUCUGACAAUGGUCCCUGCUUGGGAUAUAGAAAACCAAACCAGCCCUACAGAUGGCUGUCCUACAAACAGGUGUCUGAUCGAGCAGAGUACCUGGGAUCCUGUCUCUUACAUAAAGGACAUAAGCCAUCACCAGACCAAUUUAUUGGCAUCUUUGCUCAGAAUAGGCCAGAGUGGGUCAUCUCCGAGCUGGCGUGUUACACAUACUCCAUGGUAGCAGUCCCCCUGUAUGAUACCUUGGGACCAGAAGCCAUCAUAUAUAUUGUCAACAAGGCCGAUAUUGCCACAGUGAUCUGUGAUACACCUCAAAAGGCAUCAGCCUUGGUAGAAAAUGUGGAGAAGGGCCUCACCCCAAGCCUGAAGAUGGUCAUCCUCAUGGACCCCUUUGAUGAUGACCUGAAGCAAAGAGGGGAGAAAAUUGGAGUUGAGAUCCUAUCCAUGUUUGAUGCUGAGAAUAUAGGCAAAGAGAACUUCAGAAAACCUGUGCCUCCUAGCCCAGAAGAUCUGAGUAUCAUCUGCUUCACCAGUGGAACCACAGGUGACCCCAAAGGAGCUAUGAUGACCCAUGAAAAUAUUGUUUCAAACACUGCUGCUUUUCUCAAAUGUAUGGAGCAUGCUUUUGAGCCCACUCCUGAUGAUGUGAUCAUAUCAUACCUACCCAUGGCUCAUAUGUUUGAGAGGAUUGUACAGGCUGUUGGGUACUCCUGUGGAACCAAAAUUGGGUUUUUCCAAGGAGAUAUUCGGUUGCUGCCUGAUGACAUGAAGACUCUGAAGCCCACAGUGUUUCCCACAGUGCCUCGACUCCUUAACAGAGUGUAUGAUAAGGUACAAAAUGAAGCCAAGACACCCCUAAAGAAGUUUUUUUUAAAAUUGGCAGUUAACAGUAAAUUCAAUGAAGUAAAAAAUGGUAUCAUCAGGCGCAACAGUAUCUGGGACAAACUCAUCUUUUCCAAGAUCCAGGCCAGCCUGGGCGGGAAGGUUCGCUUUGUGAUCACUGGAGCUGCCCCUAUCUCUGCUGACGUCAUGACAUUCCUUCGGGCAGCAAUGGGAUGUCCGGUGUUUGAAGCUUAUGGUCAAACAGAAUGCACAGCUGGCUGUACAAUUACUUUACCUGGAGACUGGACAACAGGCCAUGUUGGAGCCCCACUAGCUUGUAAUCAUGUGAAGCUGGAAGAUGUGGCUGACAUGAACUACUUUUCAGUAAAUAAUGAAGGAGAGAUCUGCAUCAAAGGCACCAAUGUGUUCAAAGGAUACCUGAAGGACCCUGAGAAGACACAGGAAGCCCUGGAUGAGGAUGGCUGGCUCCAUACUGGAGACAUUGGUCGCUGGCUCCCGAAUGGAACUCUGAAGAUCAUUGACCGUAAAAAGAACAUUUUCAAGUUGGCCCAAGGAGAAUACAUUGCUCCAGAGAAGAUAGAAAAUAUCUACAUCAGAAGUAGACUGGUGUCACAAAUUUUUGUUCAUGGGGACAGCUUACGGUCAUUCUUAGUGGGAGUGGCUGUUCCCGAUACAGAUGUACUUCCCUCAUUUGCAGCCAAGCUUGGGCUUAAGGGCUCCUUUGAAGAACUGUGUCAAAACCAGAUUAUAAAGAAAGCCAUUUUAGAAGACUUGCAGAAAAUUGGGAAAGAAGGUGGUCUUAAAUCCUUUGAACAGAUCAAGGACGUUUUUAUUCAUCCAGAGCCAUUUUCCAUCGAAAAUGGGCUCUUGACACCAACAUUAAAAGCAAAGCGGGGAGAACUUUCCAAAUACUUUCGGACCCAAAUCAAUAGCUUAUAUGAGGAUCACCAGGAGUAGAUUAAGUUGGCUGCUGAGCUGGAAGCUGUAGGGGAAGGAGCUGAAACUUAUGUCUAAUGAACUUUUCCAGUACAUGAAGCAAGUGCUGAAUAAAAACUCCGGAACUGGGAACAAAGAUCUGUGGGCAAACAUCAUGCCCACACAACAAGCUUAUCUUCUGUGAAGGAAGCAACUGAUCUUCCCCUACUACUCCGGACUCCAUUUUCAGCUGUACCUCACCCCCAGAUAUGUGUUGCUUCUACUUGUAAAGUCUUUAAAAUAAACUUGCAGAUAUGCA